CACAGAGACGUUUUCACGCACGGGAAAGCGCUAAGAAUUGUUUGCAUGCAGUCCGCCUUUACGCGAUUGCAAUUGUGCAAAAUCAAACCUAUGUGAAAUAACCUAUUAUGAUUAAUAAGGGGCCCAUAUGGAAAAGAGUGCGGUCUUACGCUGGACCCGUUCCGAGGGCAAGGCACGGGCACCGGGCCGUGUCUAUACGAGAGCUGGUGGUUGUGUUUGGAGGUGGAAACGAGGGAAUAGCGACCAAUCUGCAUGUUUAUAACUCAGUGACUAGGCAGUGGUUCCUGCCGGCAGUGAGAGGCGAUAUCCCACCUGGUUGUGCCGCUCAUGGCUUUGUUUGUGAAGGCACACGGAUCCUGGUGUUCGGAGGGAUGGUUGAAUUUGGACAGUAUACCAACAGCCUCUAUGAACUGCAGGCCAGUCGAUGGUUGUGGAAGAAACUGAAGCCACGCCCACCGAGGAACGCAUCACUUCCAUGCCCACGGAUUGGCCACAGCUUCACUCUUCACGCUAAUAAGUGUUACCUUUUUGGUGGAAUGGCCAAUGACAGUGAAGACCCAAAUGGAAAUAUACCACGGUAUUUAGAUGACUUCUAUGAGCUGGAGCUGCAGGUCCAGUCUGGGGUUAAAGGCUGGAACAUCCCUGAAAGCAGAGGUGGAGGGCCGUCAGCCAGGGAAUCCCAUAGUUCUGUGAUGUACUGUGGCAAAGGGGGAAGUGGUCCAAAGCUGUACAUAUUUGGGGGCAUGUGCGGGCACAGACUGAAUGAUUUGUGGCAACUAGACAUUGAGACUAUGACUUGGUCAUUACCUCUAAUCAGUGGUCAGCUGCCGCUACCCAGGAGUCUGCACACCUCCAAUGUGAUUGGAAACAAGUUAUAUGUGUUUGGAGGCUGGGUUCCCGUUGGAGAGGCAGAGGAUGCACUCGCCGCUGAUGGAGUCAAGUGGGUCUGCACCAACUCUCUUUCCAUGCUAAACCUUGACACAAUGACAUGGUAUGACUUGACACCAGAAGAACACCAGCAGGGAUCGGCUUCAGAUGUACAGUUGGACAAACAGGAAGAGGGUAAUGCACACUGGCCGAAAGCACGAGCUGGACACUGUGCAGUAACCGUCGGCACUCGUCUGUAUGUCUGGAGUGGGCGAGAUGGAUACAAAAAGUCCAAUAACUACCAGGUGUGCUGCAAAGAUCUGUGGUACCUUGAAACAGAGAAGCCUUCCACUCCUGGUGCAGUGUUCCUUGUGAAGUCUACAAUUAAUAUGCUGCAUGUCGCCUGGCGGCCCCUACCUGCGGCUGAAUGUUAUUUGCUUCAGCUGCAGCCAAUCACAUCUCAGUCCACACCAUCAGACACUGGAGACAGAAAGAAAUCUGUACAAAUAGACUCCCAGCCAAAUGAAGAUGUCAAAGUCAGAAGAGAAAAAGAAUCUUCUUCCCAGGAAAGCAUUUUGAGGCCAAAAGAACUAGAACGAGACAUUUCUCUAAUACCAUCCCAACAGUCUGAGGACUCUGUGUGGUUUGAUGUGGGUGUGUUUAAAACACUGUAUUGUGAGGUUACACACUACUUCCUGCCUUCUGAGGAAGGUGACAUGGCCUCGACCCUGUUUGGUCGAAACGCAUCUGACAGUGAGUGGGAGCUGCCGGGUCCUCAUUGUUUUAAGGAUCGUGAGAAGCAGGAAUUGGCCUCAGGUGUCACAUACAAAUUCCGGGUGGCCGGACUGAACAGCCGUGGCCUGGGCAACUUCAGUCCCGUCAGCGAGUUUAAAACCUGCCAGCUUGGAUUUCCUGGAGCGCCAUCUGCUGUAAAAAUCACCAAGGAUAAAGAUUCAGUGCAUAUCACCUGGGAGCCUCCCACCUCUCCGUCGGGGAAGAUCACAGAGUAUUCCAUGUACUUGGCUGUGAGGAAGAGUCGAGGGAACAGCGGGGAGCGACCUGGUGAGCUGGCCUUCAUCCGAAUCUACCGUGGCACCAAGACCUCAUGCACAGUCAGUGAAAGCCAGCUGAGCAAUGCGCACAUCGACUGCUCGGCACGGCCUGCUGUCGUCUUCCGUAUCGCUGCCAAGAACGAGCAGGGCUACGGUCCGGCCACUCAGAUCCGCUGGCUGCAAGAUGCAAGUAAACUGAAAUCGUCAGCGGGCCAGGCAGACUCCAGUCCUCCAGCAGCAGAGCCUGACACCACUUGCAGAUGAACUCUCACCCCUGAUGGGUCGCAAGCUGCUGCACUGACCGCCAAAGCUCUAAUACUUCAGGACUGCAACUCACUCUUGAUUAUUUCACAAUGCCUUUUUCCAUUUUACUCUUGUACUCUCCUGAUGACUGACUGAUCUCAGUUCACUGUUUUUCGAUAUUUUGAUUGCCUUUUAAUGUCAUGGUUUUGUUUAUACUGUAAGCUUUAGGUUUAUCAGUAUAAGCCAAAAAGGUCAUUAUCAUUGUAAAAUGUACAUAUUAUGUUAACACUUUUUAUACCGAGAUCAUACGUUUAUUUUUAUUAUGAGUUGUUGUAGCCACAGGCAACACUUUUUUAAUGCCUUCAAAUCCCUAAUAUGUUUUUGUGGGCAAAAUGUAUUCACGCCUUAGUGGAAAAGGAGCUGCUUCCCCAUAUCUUAAACUGCAUGUAUGUUUCUUAAAAUAGGCUCCUGUAUUUUUAGGAACUGCAUAAUUGAUAGUAGUUGAAACAUAAACAGCUCCACCAGAGA